CUAGCCAUGAUUAUUGAAAAAAUGCAACCAGCGACCCUGAUUGGCCUCUCUCUGUUUUGUCAUCGUUGGUUUUUGUAAGCAAAACAACAAACUUGAUUUGAUUGAGAAGACAAAAAUAUGGCGAUGUGGGUAUUUGGGUACGGGUCUCUGAUAUGGAAAGUUGGGUUUAACUAUGAUGAUCGUGUUGUUGGUUUCAUUAAAGGAUAUCGCCGUGUCUUCUACCAAGGCAGUACUGACCACAGAGGAACUCCUGAGAAUCCUGGAAGAACGGUCACUUUGGAACCUGCUGACGGUGAAAUCUGUUGGGGAGCUGCAUACAAGAUCUCCAAGGAAGAGGACAAAGAAAAUGCUAUAAAUCAUUUAGAAGUGCGGGAGAAACAGUAUGACCAGAAAGCUUACGUUGAUUUCUUCACAGACCCUACAGCCACAACUCCUGCAGUCUCUGGAGUAAUGCUAUACAUUGCAUCUGCAGACAAGAAUACUAACCAAAACUAUUUGGGGCCUGCAUCUAUUGAAGAUAUUGCUAAACAAAUUGUGCAAGCUGAAGGCCCAUCAGGACCUAACAGAGACUACCUUUUCCAACUUGAAAAGGCUCUUCUUGAGUUUGGAUGCAAAGACGAGCACGUAAUUAAUAUUGCAAAUGAAGUCAGACGCAUUGUUUCAGAGUUGGAGCAGCUUUCUACCCAAUCUAAAUCCUAAAGUCCAUUUCCUGUUGAGUGAUUUUUCAAGCCAUGAUCCUCAGGCUGACACAUUUUUUUUUUUUCAUUGAUAAGGUCCAAUCAAUGCUGGGGCGACUCAUAAACAGUUUCAUUCAUGUGUCUUAUCUUUACAUUUUAAUCGUUCAAAGCACCUACCCACCGUAUUUAUCAUCAUUUGUUUCCUUUAUAUUGAAUAAUAAAUCAGUCUCUUGGAUCUAA